UCGGAUUCGGAUCGCAGCCGACAGCUGGCGCUUCUGCACGGUUUUUGUGUCGCGACGUCGUGAACAGUAUUUUUGUGGCCGCAAAAAGAAAAAAUAGUUUUAUAUAUUUUAGCGCAUUUCUGUGUCAGCUUGUUUUUUUAUUCUCCUCUCUUCACCACCUCACCGUGUUUGGCUGGUUUCUUUUCCUGGUUUUGAAAAGAAGACGCAAGAAAAGUAGUGUGGUGGUGAAUUGAGAUAUUUUUUGUUUUAUCUCGCUCUAGUGUUUGACGUUUAAAAUCAUCGUCGGCUGAUCGAGCUUGGCCGUCACGCUUUGGAUUAAACACAUACGAAUCAUUCGCAUACUUUUUGAACAGCCAACAAUAGCAGUAGCAACAACAUCAGCAUCGGAUUGCUCUCAACUCAACUGGUCACACAACAAUGGCGUUCAUAUUUACAGAGAUAUAUGACUGGUACAGAGACCUAAUGGACAAUAAAAGUGAUCCCCGCGUAGCAGACUGGCCUAUGAUGUCCUCGCCGUUACCUACACUCGGACUGUGCUUAUUCUACGCAUAUUUCAGUAAAUCGCUAGCACCUAAACUGAUGGAGAACCGAAAGCCGUUGGAUCUUCGAAAUUUUCUAGUUGUUUAUAAUCUAUUUCAGACUGUCUUUAGCACGUGGAUAUUUUACGAGUAUUUAAUGAGUGGAUGGUGGGGCCACUAUAGCUUUAGGUGUCAACCGGUAGACUACUCCAAUAAUCCCCUUGCCUUGCGGAUGGCACGAACGUGCUGGUGGUACUACAUCUCCAAAUUCACCGAGUUCUUCGACACAUUGUUCUUCAUCCUGCGAAAAAAGUACCAACACGUGUCGACACUGCAUGUGAUCCACCACGGCUGCAUGCCAUUUUCGGUGUGGAUGGGCAUGAAGUUUGCUCCGGGUGGCCACAGCACGUUCUUCGCUAUGCUAAACUCUUUUGUACAUAUUGUAAUGUAUUUCUACUACAUGGUAGCAGCCCUAGGACCAAAGUACCAGAAGUAUAUCUGGUGGAAGAAGUACCUCACCGCUUUUCAGAUGGUACAAUUCGUGGCCAUCUUCACGCACCAGUUUCAGCUGCUGUUCACCGAGUGCGACUAUCCGAAGGGUUUCAUGGUGUGGAUCGGGCUGCACGGUGUCAUGUUCCUGUUCCUGUUUUCGGACUUCUAUAAGCAGGCGUACAGCAAACGGCGGAUAGCCAACGCCAAGCGGGCGGCCGAACAGCAACUGCUACAGCAGAAGCAGUAUGAUGCCCUCACGCACAAUGGCAUCAAUAGUUUGCAGCAUCACAACGGUCAUCUAGCCUACCAGAAUGGGAAGCUAUCGAACGGGGACCUGGUCAACAAUAAUCAAGCAGGCGCCUGUAUGCCCAUCCUGGACGAACACGAUGAGCAUGUACGCAAACUGACAGCCAACGGAAACUACCUAAACGGAGUCGGCCCGAAGGCGGCUAACUCGUACAGCAAUGGCAGCACGAACGGAUUCGUCGAUGUCAACCGGGAAGAGAACGGUUCAGCAGCUAUGCUGAAUGGUGGCGAUGGGUUACUUCGGGAGCGGAAGAUAAUCCAAUAACCCGGCGCCAGCGGUCGUUACCACCUCCAAACAGGGAGCAGGAGGAAAAGCAGCAAAAUUCGCCGCAGUCAGCGAUGAAAUGAUAUCUCACUGUGUUCGCAAGUCCUUUACUUCCUUCCUGGGUUUUGGCAGCAUCGUUCGAUCGUGGUUCGAAUCUGGCCGAUUCAGGGGGUGGUAAGGGGCGAAGACGAUCGAACAAAGGGGCGGUUUAGUGGGAAAGUUAUAAAGUGUUUAAUUAGCGGAAGUAACGCGACACAAUUAGGAGAUGUAAAAUUUGCGUGAAUGCUGUUGUGUGGGCGGUUAUUUUGUUAGCUUGAAUGUGCGUACGUUUAAGAGUGAGUGUGAAAGGGUUCUAGGUAGUAGAUAGCGAUUAGGGAAAGAUUUUUUUCUCGUUGUAAGCAAAUCGGUGAACAAGCGAACGAAAACGCGGACAGGCAUGAUGAAAUCUGGACGACUGUUAUUUUGCAACAUGAAAUACAUCGCGCGAGCAAAGAAUCGUUUCAGAAACUACGCUCGAAACCAGGAUGUGUAGGAGAAGAAUAAAUGUGUACAGAAAAUUAACUACUUGAAGAGGGGAAUAGUUUAGGUAGUUUCUAGGAAAAAGGUGUUUUUUAACUUUUAGAGAGAUUUAUGCGUACCAUUACUAAAAAGAAAGAUUUCGAGCGGAUAAUUGCACCAUUUUCUCACGAGUCUAUGAAUUGUCACAGCUAUUCAAAGUUUACGUGAAUAAAUUUCAGUUUUUGAAUUAUUCAAGCAACCUCCCGAAUACUAGAGGAGCAUAAUUGUGCGAAAUUCCCUAGAAACUGGCACAGCAGAAAGGCGUCGCUCUCCUAGAGAUAGACAGUUUUAAUCCAGGAAAGUAUUUCACAAUCAGCAGUCAUCGAGUAUGAUCAUGGCAUCUCAGACCUGCUGGCAGGGACAAUAUAGUCUGCAUUUUGAAAACAACUUUUACCUAAGAAUAUGUGGAUUUGAAUGUGGAAUAUUCGAACAAUAAACAGUCACAAUCUGGAGAGAAAUAUGAAACAAUUCAUAGGUUACGAAAUUAGAUACAAUAAAAAGAAAGAACAAAAAAUAGUGAUUUAGCUCACACAGGAUGGCAUUAUGGAUAACAUUAAAUGGUGAGUUGGUCUAAUGUUAUGACUAGAUGAGAGUGUCUAACACGUGGCCAAUUUUUUACUGUAACACAGAUUUUUUUACACAAAGAGAAGAACAUCGAAAAAAGAUCAACAUUCAACGCACACAGCACACAAGGUAUCGUGAAAUAUUAAAUAUUUGUCACUAAUGAUAAAGUUUCGCUACGAGACAACAUGAACGCAUAGAUUUCUUUUUGUGCUUUACAAUCAACCAAUGGUAAUUAAGUUAAAACUUGAAGCAGCAAUAAAAAAUGCUGAGAUAACUGUCCCGCCCAGACUACAAAGUGUCGUGGACGAAUCAAAUUUUUUAUUCUGUAUUCUUAACCAACAACUUGGAUCAAAAUUAAUUGUUUGAACAUAGUGCUUUUUUAAUAUUUCAAACAACCCGAUUGUGUGCCAUCGACGGAGAUGCCAUCAGAUAUUUUUAGAGACGAUACAGUUUCUUGCUAUGUUAUUCACGUUCUGCAUUCACACGAAAAUUUGAAUGAAGCAAAGAAAGGGGUAUUCGAAUACUCGAAUUGAUUCGAACAAAAAGUGGUGAUACUUUCGAACGAAUACAAUACGAACGAAAACAAGGAUA